CCCACCACGCCCUUUCCUGUCGCUGUUACAUAAUCACUUUGUCCCUACGAAGUGUAUGAAAGUUGCUAUGUAUAAUAAUGUAUCAAGGAGGUAGGAGACGAGGAUUCAUCAGAUUUUCUGGUCGACUGGCUCUUUCGCCCAUCAACGAUGCAGCUAAUCCCCAAUUCUACCGGUGUAGGCGGGGCGGAGGAGCAUGGAAAGGGAUUCAUCCGAACCACGUCAGCUCGUCGGGUCUCGAUAACAAGAGGGAGAAGAAGACAGCAAGGAAGGAGGAUCGAUUGCUUCUUCUUCUCUUUCUUCUACUCUCGCCGUUAUGGACGAUCAUGGUCCUUCCUCCUGCAUGAGUGACAGCGGGCAAGGCGAGCCCCAGCCCGUAAGCAGGUUCCGGCGGUAGGCAUAGUAUGCGUGGUUCCGGUUCCGCUUGCCUUAAGUUACUGCGCAUACGCACCUUAGCUAUAGCAUUAUUCUAGAAGGCAUAUAGAGACAGACGGAACGGAUGGAACCACCACCUGUUAUAUGGAGUACGGAGUACUACAUUUCUUGCAAGUUGCAUUUGCCCGACGGCCCCAUAUCAACUCCUUCUCCACCAUUAUCACCACAAGCCGUCUCCAGAAGAAAGAUCCCUGACCGCCACGCGGGAGACAAGAAAAAAAAAAAAAAGGAAGGACGGGAAGACCAAAAGAAGAAAAAAAACUUUGGAAGGGAACCUGACAGGGAUGAUGACACUCGCUGCAGUUACCCUCCUACUAUUGGCAAGGCUGAGCCUAGAAUCAAUCAUGGAUGGGUGGCGCGCGUUCCCGGGUGGUUGGGAGAGGGAAGGAAGGAAAAGAGACCUCCGGCUCCAGGCUCAGGCUUGUUUCAGUUGGUUCUAAAGUGGUUCUAGCGGGGAUCUUGGCUGGCUUCUAUGCUCCGUCGUGCGUGCAGGUAUGGAUGUCACGGGGUUGGGCUGGGUUUUGUCUGUUUGUUUGAUUCGAAUAGAUGAUACGUACGUGGCGUUGGGGUUUGUGGGAUUGCCCGAAGUAGAAAAGUAAAAAAUUGCUGGAAACCUGCUGUUGCUAUGAG